AUGGAACUGGAUGUAUCACCUUUAAAUCCAACAGAAAACAGCAUGGAUUAUUCGGAUAAUUCAUCCGAAAGUAAAUAUUUGUCUUGCAAUAGCAAUGAACAAUAUUCUGUCAUUCGUAUCCCACAAGAUGGUGAGAAGUCCAGUAAACAUUCUUCCAGAAAACAGUCAAAAAGGAGAAAAAAGAGUUCAAACCAUUCUAGACCUCUUCCUAGAAUAAUUGUCAAACCUUUGCCUCCUCCACCCCCGGAAAACCGCGAGUGGACAGCAGCAACGUCUUACUCUGACACGAGCUCUAAUUCAAACAGACCUUCUACAAUGCGUGAGGUUUUAGCAAGUAUACCUGGAUUUUGUAUUAAGCCACGAAAAAGAAGUGGAAAAAAAUUAUCAACAGCGGCUCAGUUACAGCAAACAAGAGAAGGCUGUAUUGAUUUGGAGACACCUGAUUCAAUAUUAGUAAACACAAAUAUACGGGCCCUCUUAAAUAAACAUACAUUUUCCCUUUUACCGCCUUUAUACCAAUAUAAACUCGGACAAUUGCUUCCAAGUGUAGACAGACCAAGCACAUCUGGAAGAUUAAGUUCAUCUAGUCUCAACAAUGAAUUUUUUGCUAGAGCUUGCCUUGAAUGGCAAGAUUGCCUUUCAGGGGGAGAAUUUACUCCAGAAAAUCAACAAAAAAUUAAAAGUGAAGCUGAAAAAGAAAAAAGUAAAAUUGAUCCCUGGAAAUUGAAACAUUUUGAACCAUUUUGGGGUGAAAAGACAAAAAAAGAAAAACCAUCGGUGAAUUUGAAUACAGAAAGACCAUCUUUAAAAACUACUAUAAAAUUAAGACCAACAGCUUCAAUAACAAGUAGUAGUACUGUUCCAAAAAUAAAAAAAAGUAAAUCAUCAAGCACUAAUAAAAAAAUAAGGUCUGUUGGUGCAGUAACUAGGUCUUCUGCUAAGGUCGAGGACACUGUUGACGAAAGUGUAGUUGGUCUAAAAUCAUCAGUACCAAUGCCAGAUUUACUUCCUCUUAAACACAUGAAAACUAAUCAAGGAUAUGUUGAUUGUCAAUUAGACUUCAGUUUUUCUGACUCAUCUUCUGUGCCUAGACUAGAAGAUUCUGUGCCUACAACACCAGUGGACCCUUUAUUAUUACCUGAUGAAUCUGAACGCAGUGAAUUGAAACAAGAAUUAGACAUAAGUGUGGUUACUAUAGAAGAAUCUAGUAUUGCUAAAGACUGCGAAGAAGAUAAGGCAACUGAUUCAGAUGCUAACUACCCUGAGCCAACUAAGAGAUUAAGUAGUGAUAACAGUGAAUAUAUGUACUCCAAGAGAAUUAGAUAUGAAGAAGAAUAUAUUAUGGACAAUCGAAAUUUUUUAACACAAAAUGCUGAAGAAUCUUGUAGCAACAACUGCUCCGAUGGAGAAACAAACUAUAAUAAUGAACAGGUAUGUCAGAGUGAUGACAACAAUAUCUUUCCUGGCCCUGACAAUGGAGAUACUAAUAGUGAAGAUAGUAAAGCAACAACAUCAAUUUAUGAAUAUGAUGAAAGAAGUGUUUCAUCAAUGUCCAGUUUGAAAAUAGAAGCUCAUCUCAAUAAUGUAUGUAUAGUAAAUGAAUCUAACGAAAAUGGAAAUGAAUGUGAAAACACAAGGGAAGGGAUAGAACAAAAUUAUAAUGAUGAUAAAGAAACUAGUAAAGAUUUAAAUAAAGUUGAAAAUCAAGAUGGAAGUGUAGAAGAAACAUUUGUAGAAAUUGUAAAAGAGGAAAUGAAUAUUCACAUAGAAUCAUAUGAUUAUAAAAAAUCACCUAUUAGUACAAAAGAGGAAACUUAUCAAAAUAUAGAGGUUGUUGAAGAUACAGAGUGUCAGAGUGAAGAGCCAAAAGUUAACAUUUUACUGAAUAAGCAAGAUAAUGAAAUCAAAUGUGAAGAAAAAGAUAAGCCUACCGAUAAUAUCACGUCAAGUUAUUAUGAUGAACACUUCAAAGAUGCAGAAUCUUUUAUAUUAGAAACAGGUGGCCUCUCUAUAUUGACUCCACAACAUGAAGAGAGCAAAUACACACCACAUCCAAAUUUAAUGGAACUGACAUCAUUUAUGAGUGAAACAAAUGCAACAGCUGUUGUAACAAUGCCAAUGACUCAAAAUUCAUCAAUUCCUAUGAUAGAAGUCACAAAUUCUACGUUGGUGUCAUACCCUGAUGACAACCUACAAGACCCGGCAAAACCAAAAAACUCAGCUGUGUCAUGGAAAACUGACAAUGAUUGGACUAAUGCUGAAAACAUUAUUACCUUACACAAUUUUUCUUGUGUAAAUGCCGACAAUGCAAAAUACAUGAGUGAAGAUUCAAAAGCAAGUAUAGAAGAUGUGAAUAUUAAUGAUGAAAAUUUUAUGUGUAAGGAGGAUAGAGAUACAAAUUUUAACAUGGAAUCAUCCAACUCAUCAGAAAGUUGUCAAUCAAUGAAAGAUUUAAAACAGGAAACUGAACCAGCUACUAGUGUUGUAUCGAGUUCAACUAUAUCCAAUCCCACUAUUAAUUCUACAACAGUGACACAAAAUGUAAGAGUUACUGGGAAAAAGUCAAAGUCUGGGAAAGAAUCGAACAGAAGUCGCAGCUCGAAUAAAGUUCCGCCUGGGGCAGUGAACCUGGAGCGCAGUUACCAGAUCUGCCAGGCUGUUAUACAGAACAGUCCAAACCGUGACGCUUUGCGGGGGCAGUUGCGGCCGCCUCCCGCGCUGUUGAACCGACCGACACGAACGCCACGCCCGCCCCCGCCGGUACUCGUGCGCCAGUUGCCCGGCCCCGUUGUUCCGCACGCUGAGGUCAAUGAGAAUCGCUCUAAUAAUAAUAUGGGCCAAUAUAUUCUUGUGCAAAGGACGCCUAAUGUGAUACCUAGAGCAUCAAGUGCACCACCAUCAAAUCCAAACACAAAUGUUAAUGUAACGAGAUGCCGCAGUGUAGGAGCCGAUGAUGCCUGUGUGUGUAACCUGCGCGCAAUGAUAUUGUGUAAGAAGUGUGGGGCUUUCUGUCAUGAUGACUGCAUCGGCUCAGCAGAAUUAUGUCUUACUUGUCUUAUACGCUGA